AGUAAGUAUGUAGGCCUAGAAGCAGAAUAUACAGUUUCCAUAACCAUACACAAAACAAAAAUCAGAAAAAGGUUCCAUCUUAAGGCAAUUUAAGCUCACUGUCACUCUUUCUCUGUCUGUGUUGGUCGGCCUGCGCAAUCAUGACUUUCUCCUUAUCCUUCACCCACCCUAUCUUUAGCCGCCACGUGCACUCCGCCGCACUCUCUCUCUCUUCCUCUCCUCCUCCCCCUCCUCCUGGUUUCUUCUUUCUCUCUCCUCCCACCCCGACCUCGCUUCGUUUCGAUUUCCUCUACCGCGUGCCCCAGCGCUCCGCAGCAUUUUCCGCCGCCGAAACCGCCGCUCUUUUACAAGACACCGCCUCCUCCGCAGCUGUCCUAGCUGGCGCCUAUGCUCUCGUCUUCACCUUCGAUACUCUUACCCAGAAAGAACUCAUUCAACAGAAUCUAAGUAGAAAACUGGUGCAUAUAUUAUCCGGGUUACUUUUCGCCGUUUCCUGGCCAAUUUUCAGCAACUCCCUACUGGCUCGUUACUUUGCAUCUGUGGUUCCCCUUGUGAAUUGCGUAAGGCUUGUUAUUCAUGGUCUCUCACUGGCUGAUGAUCAAGGCUUGAUCAAAUCCGUUACCCGAGAAGGAAAUCCCAAGGAGUUGCUUAGAGGGCCUUUGUAUUAUGUUCUGAUAUUGAUCUUAUGUGCUCUUGUCUUUUGGCGUGAAUCCCCUGUUGGUCUCAUAUCCUUGGCAAUGAUGUGCGGCGGAGAUGGUGUUGCAGAUAUAUUGGGUAGAAGGUUUGGGUCCUCCAAGCUUCCUUAUAAUCGAAACAAGAGUUGGGUUGGCAGUAUAUCCAUGUUUGUUUUCGGUUUCUUCAUUUCUGUAGGGAUGCUGUACUACUAUUCAGUGCUUGGAUAUUUCCAGUUGGAUUGGGGUUGGACAAUGUGCAGGGUCGCUUUAGUUUCUCUAGUGGCGACAGUGGUGGAGUCUCUUCCAUUUACAACGGUGGUAGAUGAUAAUAUCUCUGUUCCUCUUGCUACAAUGAUAGCAGCCUAUUUUAGUUUUAGACCCUAGUUUGUUGCUUCCCUAGUAUUUCAAUAUAACUUGUUCGUUUCCUAUUAACCAAAAUUUUGCCAUAUUUGAGUUUGAACCAUUUUGUAUUCUAUCAAGUAAAAUUGUUGCCGACAAGAGACUUGUUAGUUGAGAGAGAAUCAAUUCUUGAAAGAGGAAUUGUAGAACAUGUAUUCAUUAAUUGAAUCUGUUAGCAACAGAUUGUUCUUAUA